CCGCGUCGCCCGGGCGGAACCUUUCCGCGCGGCCGCGGUGUGGGGGGAGGGGAACACCGGGUCGCGCGGGAGACGGCUUCCGGCUCCGACGCCGCCAUGGAGACCAUCCUGGAGCAACAGCGCCGCUACCACGAGGAGCGCGAGCGGCUGAUGGACGUGAUGGUCAAGGAGAUGCUGACCCGCAAGUCCACGCUGCGGGACCAGAUCAACUCGGACCACCGCACGCGGGCCAUGCAGGACCGCUACAUGGAAGUCAGCGGCAACCUGCGGGACCUCUACGACGACAAGGACGGGUUGCGGAAGGAAGAGCUCGGCGCGAUUUCGGGGCCCAACGAGUUCGCCGAGUUCUACAACCGGCUGAAGCAGAUCAAGGAGUUCCAUCGCAAGCAUCCCAACGAGAUCUGUGUGCCGAUGUCAGUAGAAUUUGAGGAGCUCUUAAAGGCCCGGGAAAACCCAAGCGAAGAGGCUCAGAACCUUGUGGAGUUCACUGAUGAAGAAGGAUACGGCCGCUAUCUGGACCUGCACGACUGCUACCUGAAGUACAUCAACCUCAAGUCGUCUGAGAAACUGGACUACAUCACUUACCUGUCUACUUUCGACCAGCUCUUUGACAUUCCAAAGGAUAGAAAGAAUGCCGAGUACAGAAGGUACUUGGAGAUGCUGUUGGAAUACCUGCAGGAUUAUACAGACCGAGUAAAGCCUCUGCUUGACCAGAAUGAGCUGUUUGGCAAAAUUCAGGGAGAUUUUGAGAAAAAGUGGGAGAUUGGCACUUUCCCUGGUUGGCCGAAAGAGACUAGCAGUGCCCUCACGCAUGCUGGGGCCCACCUGGACCUCUCUGCCUUCUCCUCUUGGGAGGAGUUGGCCUCCCUUGGUCUAGAUCGGCUGAAAUCUGCCCUGCUGGCCUUAGGUCUGAAAUGUGGAGGGACGUUGGAGGAACGCGCUCAGAGGCUUUUCAGCACAAAGGGCAAGUCCCUGGAAGCCCUUGAUCCCGCUCUCUUUGCCAAAAACCCUAAGACAAAAGGGAGCAAACGGGACACAGAGCGGAAUAAGGACGUGGCCUUCCUAGAAGCCCAGAUCUACGAGUACGUGGAGAUCCUUGGGGAGCAACGGCAGCUGACGCAUGAAAAUGUGCAGCGCAAGCAGGCGCGGACUGGGGAAGAGCGUGAGGAGGAAGAGGAAGAGCAGAUCAGUGAGAGCGAAAGUGAGGACGAAGAGAAUGAGAUCAUCUACAACCCCAAGAACUUGCCUCUGGGCUGGGAUGGUAAGCCAAUUCCCUACUGGCUCUACAAGCUCCACGGGUUGAACAUCAACUACAACUGUGAGAUCUGUGGGAAUUAUACAUACCGUGGGCCCAAAGCUUUCCAGCGACACUUUGCGGAAUGGCGCCACGCUCAUGGGAUGCGAUGCUUGGGCAUUCCCAACACAGCUCAUUUCGCAAACGUUACACAGAUUGAAGACGCCGUGUCAUUGUGGGCCAAGCUGAAGCAACAGAAGGCUUCGGAGAGGUGGCAGCCAGAUACAGAAGAGGAAUAUGAAGACUCCAGUGGGAAUGUGGUCAACAAGAAGACCUAUGAAGACCUGAAACGCCAAGGCCUGCUGUAAACAGACACGCACCUGCCCCAUCCCCACCCUUGUCUCCCUUUUGGUGACUGGAGUCCUUGUGGGCAGGCACUUCAGAGAUGCUCCUAGUCAACAGAAUGGACUCUGUAAGACCUUUGCUUUAUGUUGAACUGAUAUAUAGAAAUAAACUACUUUUAAAGGCAG